UAAAUAAAAAUAAAAAUAAGAAUAAACUAUUCUCAAUUCAUUCUAACUCAUUUCACAAUUAAUCGCAUCCAAGGAAAUCUAGCAGCUCACCACCGCCUACCCAAGAUAAAUGCACUACCGCAAUGGCACCUAAGCUCACACCUACUCCAUUAACCUCCCUUCGAGUUUCUCGCCAUUCUAUCCCGGCGCACAAUCUCAUUCCCAACACCAGCAUUCAGAAUAAGCCUCUGUUACACUACCACGGGGUGUUCCCUUCACCAACGCUCACCGCAUCGGGCAUAGAGUCACAUCUCACGACAGUUGGCGUCGUGGAACCCCAAUGGCGUUUCACUAUGUAUAGUACAACACAUUUUCACUCAACCGCCCACGAGGUAUUGUGCAUCAGCCGAGGCAGAGCGAAACUUUGCUUUGGUGGCGAAAACAACCCUGGGAAGGUGGAAAAGGAGGUUGAGCAAGGCGAUGUGUUAAUCUUACCUGCUGGUGUUGGACACCGCCUUCUGGAAGACCUGUCGGAAGGUUUCGAAAUGGUUGGGUCAUAUCCUAAGGGCUAUAAUUGGGAUAUGUGUUACGGGAAGAAGGGUGAAGAGGCCAAGGUGAAAAAUAUCGGAAAAUUGCCGUGGUUUGAAAAAGAUCCGAUCUAUGGGGACCGAGGUCCUGUACUUGAGAAUUGAUCGACGAGGACGGACCUCCGAACAGACCUGUUUUGUCGGGUUUCCUCUUCUUUUCCUUUGUCGCCUGUCGGUAUCGUGUGUAUGUUGCGAAAUGACUGAUAUAAAGGGAUACUUGCUAUGUCGCAACCCUUUGUUGGCAGAAGCGAUAUAAA